AUGGGUAGCAGUUAUUUUGGGGAGCCAAACCUAGGGGGCAAUGAAAGAUCUGCAAGGAAAGGCAAGAAGAGCAAUUCAGACAAGCAGCCGAAGCAACCACAGAGAGGUCUUGGUGUUGCUCAGUUAGAGAAGAUCAGACUCCAUAGCCAAAUACCUUCUAACUACCUUCCUAAUUCUCAUCUUCAUACUACUAUUUACCCCACCACCCUCAACCAGGAAGACAUGAGACAGCAAAUGGCUUAUUCACAUGUACCAUCAUCAUCUUCCUCAUCUAAUUCAUAUGGUUUUCAUGGCCUACAGAAUAAUAAUAUCAUGAUGGGAUGGGGCGAAAGAACAAAUGUGAGAUAUGGAGAUUCUCAACCUAGCACUACAGCAAGAUGGGACAAUCCUGGCAAUGGCAACUUAGAGAUCCAACAUUUUGCACAACCAAGCAUGACUAGACACCUCCUGAUGAAUCUACAAGUUGAGGACUCAUUGGACGAUAAGAGAAAGAAAGACCGGAGCAAUUCAAUGGGUUCAAGCAGUCAGAAUUCGGGAUCAAGUGAUAAUCAAGAACUCGAUUUGGAGCUCAGACUUUCACUUUAG